AUGGAGUUCUACGUCGACGAUAUGAUUGUGAAGAGUCGCACGACCGCAGCUCACCUAUCCGACUUGGCCGAGACAUUCAACACACUACAAAGGUAUAACAUGCGACUCAACCCCGCCAAGUGCGCCUUCGGCAUCAACUUGGGCAAAUUAUUCAGGUUCAUCAUACAAGAGAGGGGAAUCGACGUAAACCCCGACAAGGUACGAGCAAUCACCGACAUGCAGGCCUCUCGGACGAUCAAGGAGUUACAGCGCCUGAACGGGAGGCUCGCCGCCCUGUCAAGGUUCUUGUCCCGAUCAGGAGACCGGUGCCUACACUUCUUCCGCGCCUUGAAGAAUUCCAGGGAGUUUGCAUGGACGGCGGAAUGCGGGGAAGCCUUCGCCCGCAUCAAGGAGCACCUGGCCUCACUCCCUCGCCUCACUUCGGUGUCCCCUCGGGAAAAGCUCGGUAUAUACCUAGCUGCCUCCCAAAAUGUAGUAAGUUCGGUCCUGGUCAAGGAGGCCUCUGGAGGACAGCAAUCGGUUUACUAUACCAGCCACACCCUUAAUGGACCCGAGGAGCGAUACCCACCCAUUGAGAAGCUGGCACUGGCGCUCGUACUAGCCGCCCGGAAGCUGCACGCCUACUUCCAAACUCAUCUGAUCGAGUGGUCAGUGGAACUCGGAGAGUUUGACAUUCGGUACGUCCUGAGGACCGCCAUCAAAGCGCAGGCGGUAGCUGACUUUAUCUCGGAAGUGACUCAGCCCAAGGGCGAGGAGCCGGAGUGCGUGAAAACGGAAUGGCUCCUUUGUGUGGACGGAUCGUCCGGCCGAUCGGGCGUGGGGGCCGGGCUGGUAUUGGAGGCCCCCGACGAUCGCUCAUUCGAGCGCUCCCUUCACUUCAGGUUCAAGGCCACCAACAACGAGGCGGAGUACGAAGCGCUAUUGGCGGGGUUCAGGCUAGCCAUCGAAAUGCAGGUGGACGACAUACAUGUCCUCACCGACUCGCAGUUGGUCGCCGAGGAGAUCGACGGUGGGUAUGAGGCCCGGGACCCGACCAUGUCGAAGUAUCUGGCGGAGGUGAGAACACUCGCUGCCCAUUUUUCUCGUUUUGUGUUAUCCAGGGUGCCCAGGCACCAAAACGAGCGCGCUGACGCCCUGGCAAGGCUGGCCUCGAAAUCAGACCCUUCUGAUGAGCCCAGCGUGGAAGAGCUCCCCACCCGCGCCGUCACGAUCGCAGCGGUGGCCAUCGCCGACCCGCCGACGACAUGGGUGCAGGAGGUGCUACAAUUUAAGUGCCAUGGCGCGCUCCCCGAAGACGAAACCGCAGCCCGACGCCUGCGCCGAGCCCAUGCCCGCUACUAUGAGAUCGGUGGCCGGCUAUAUAGGAGGUCGUACUCGCUCCCCCUCUUACGUUGCCUCGAGCCCGAAGAGGCAGAGUCGGUUCUCGCCGAGGUCCACGGCGGUAUUUGCGGUGAACACGUAGGUGGACGCACUCUAGCAUUUAAGGUGCUCCGCCAGGGGUACUACUGGCCCACCAUGUGCCGAGACGCAAAGUUAUAUGUGAGAAAGUGCGACGCAUGCUAG